AAAUUCAGUCAUCAGCGCGUGUCCAUCGAAUCGGCAGUGAAAAUGUGCCAGCGGCGGUUCUUCAACAGCAAGUACACCAGUUUCCACAAGAAUCACAUCAAGUUGUUUGCCGUUUACAUGAAAACGGCGAAUUUGAUGCAAAACUCAAAUGUGCUGAAGCGUUCGCUGUAAGCGCCGCUGCCCCUGC